GACAGCAGAAAAGUGUUUUUCGAGUGAAAAUAGAAUUCGCCGGAGAAAAAUAGCGUUCGGCCAUUGCAUCGCGUACCGAAAAACGAGUCCUACGGACUCGAUCAGCCUGCGUCUUGCGGAGUAUUCCGAGUGAAAAAGGAUUCUGUGCAAUCUAGCUGAAAAAUUAGAAAGUGAAUCAUCGUAGUGCAGAGAACAGAAAAUAGUAGCCGGUGCGUUUUAGUGACAUCAAGUUGCCGUGUGGAGUUCAAGUUCUGUUUUCUGUUCCAUUCGUUUGCUUUCGACUACGCGGUGGUGUGAAAAGUUUCAAGUGAUUGCUAGUAAAUUUAAUUUGCACCCAAACCGAGAAAUAAACGGCAUACGUGAUGCAAUAUGAAUAGCGAGUGUGGUUGCAGUGAGCUUUUCAAUACGCAAAUGUUGAGCAAUUGUCGCAUCUAGUAGCCGACUGCAGACUGACUGCUUAUCGGUAGCAAAGACGUGUAAAGGAACGGUGUUCAACCUUAGCGCUGGUUCCCGGAAAACUCUCAUCAGUAAGGAGGCUCGUUCAGCGCAAGUCGCACUCGUUCGUUCUGUUCAACCCGGAUUCGAACUUUAGCUCCCGCAAGGACACCAUCCCGAGACGGCGCCCGUAAAAAUGGUGGAUCACGUACUGGAUGUGGACAAUCUGAUCCAGCGGCUCCUGGAAGCUCACAAACUGCAACAGCAGCAGGCACAGGAAUCGCGCAAGAAGGGCAAACUGAAAGAGAUAUUCUCGCACGACUUUAUGGUUCGAGGAUGCCGUCCAGGAAAAUCGGUACCCAUGCCGGAAGAGGAAAUCCGAGCGCUUUGCUUAAAAUCUCGUGAAAUAUUCCUACAGCAGCCAAUUCUGCUGGAACUAGAGGCUCCACUUAAAAUAUGCGGUGAUAUUCACGGCCAGUAUACAGAUCUGCUGCGGCUGUUCGAGUACGGCGGCUUCCCACCGGAGGCCAACUAUCUGUUCCUGGGGGAUUACGUCGAUCGGGGCAAGCAGUCGCUGGAAACGAUCUGCCUACUUCUAGCAUACAAAAUCAAGUAUCCGGAGAAUUUUUUCCUUCUGCGCGGAAAUCACGAGUGUGCCAGUAUUAAUAGGAUAUACGGUUUCUACGAUGAGUGCAAGCGGCGGUACAAUGUGAAGCUGUGGAAAACAUUCACCGAUUGUUUCAAUUGCCUGCCCAUCGCUGCCAUCAUUGAUGAGAAAAUAUUCUGCUGUCACGGUGGCUUAAGCCCGGAUCUGAACCAUAUGGAACAAAUUAAACGCAUCAUGCGGCCCACAGACGUCCCCGAUACGGGCCUGCUGUGCGAUCUGCUGUGGAGCGAUCCGGACAAGGAUGUAAAGGGCUGGGGAGAGAACGAUCGAGGCGUCAGCUUUACGUUCGGGGUCGAUAUCGUCGCCAAGUUUCUGCUGAUCCACGAGCUGGACCUAAUCUGUCGGGCGCACCAGGUCGUUGAGGAUGGGUACGAGUUCUUUGCCCGGCGGUCGCUGGUGACGCUUUUCUCAGCACCGAACUACUGCGGGGAAUUUGACAACGCCGGCGGCAUGAUGUCGGUGGACGCAAAUUUAAUGUGUUCGUUUCAGAUAUUAAAACCCUCAGAAAAGAAGGCCAAAUACCAGUACAGUGGAACUAACAGCCAAAGGCCGCAGACGCCCCAGCGCAACCAGAAUCCAACCAAUAAACGGAAAUAAUAAUUUCUCUCCCUUCUC